CAGUGGGCACAAUGUGGGUCGUAUACUAACUAUGCCUGAAAGGAUGGAAUCGUCAAACUUUAAUGUUCCCAAUGAGGAGAGGAACUUGGAAGUUUGUUAACAAUACUUUUGUAUAUGGAUUAUACGGUACAAUGAAAUGUUCAAAGUCUAUUAUUAGUGGAGAAUGCCUUUUGAUUUUCAAGAUCGGUUUUAUAAGCAGAAAACAAGAUGGCCACUAAUAGGACUGGGAAUGGUCAAACAUGAUGCUCAUUCAACCAUCACAUUUUCAGGCAGAUUGUAUUUUGGUAUGGUUUCUACUAUUCGUCCGUCAGGUCCUUGUGUGAAGUCCUAAUGGGCUAGGAUAAUCAAACCUAGUACACCAGUUCCCCAUACUGACAUGAAGAUGCCUGUCAAUCCUUGAGGUCGUACUGGCUAAUUAUGAAGGAAAACUAGUACAUGUACUUGGGUGUGUGAUUUUUUUCCUCAGGCUCAAUUUUCGAAAAAAUGAAACGCUUUGGGUUGAUCUAAAGUGACAGAAAAAUGCCUUUUUCCAGAUGUGGUGAGGUGUAUUCUUUCCUUUUUGACCAGUUUUCCUCCGUAUUCUUUCCUUUUUGACCAGUUUUCCUCCGAUUUCGGAGAAAUUCAGCCACAGGUAGGCCCGAGUACUAAUAAGCCAGAGGUACAUGUUCCCCUUGUUGUCUAGGUGUACCAUGAGUAAUAAUUUGCUUUAUUGGGGGUGAAUUCCAAGUUAAUUUGAGAUCUGACAAAGUCAGUUGAGAACCAACAUUUUACUACAUUCCAAUAUUGGAGAAAGUUGAAAGAACACUAGUCAUUUUUCAUUGAAGCAAAGAAUGAUUUAUUUAGAUGUUGAUCAUUUCUUUCAUUUGCGUUACUGGAUUGGAUUGCCAUUCGAGACACAACAAAAGUGAACUCAAUCCGGUUUUAUCCCAUCAAACCAUUACAUGUAUUUACAAAUAGGGAAAAAUGGCAAAAAAUUGGGAAAAGGAAAAUGUGUCCCAAAGUCCUGAAUCACUGGUCGGACUGUCUGACAUCGUAAAAAGACCAACAUCAGCGACGGAAAAUAUUAAAAUCUAGAAAUGUUUCUGGAAAGCAAAGCAAGGGUGCUAUUUGAACAGUGGUAGGAACAGUUUGAGGCUUGGAUAGUUUUCAUAAACUGGAUAUAUGGAGCUAACAAAAGUUGCUUAAGCACUUUGAGACUCAAACUGGACGGUGUGCACAAUGUUUUCUAACCCUUUCCAAAAGCGUCAUAGGUGACGCUGGAAAACUCCUCAAAGAUUUUAGAGAUCAUUUUGGAAAGCAGCAACUUUACGAGAGAAACUGGACACCUGGAUAGAAACUGACUUGGAACGAUUAUGUGGUAGACGCAGUAAAGGCGGAACAAGGAAAACGAUGGCCUUUGCGGAUAUUUGUCCACCUUCUGAAUGUUCGUCAACCAGAGGAACCCUGUUCGGCUUCUUUCGAAGAUGUGAUUCAAAGGUACACGCCUAGCACAGGAAUCCUUGUCAGGAUCCAACACCAUUACCGGUACUGGACUUAAGAAAAAGCUUGAGAAAGCCUUGUUCACCCUCAUACAAAACCUUGAUAGUCCUACUGCAAACGACCAUGCGCCUGGGAAUGUCACUCAGUGCCUGUGUAUUAGAAAAGACACGUAGCGAAAUCGUGUAGGAAAUGCCGUGCUAGCUGUCCGAAGAUCACAAAAAUGCACGACGACAACUUGUUGCACCAUCAUCAUGCAAACGUUUGUUGUGUGAUACUUAAGUGAUAGUGAGCACCCUUGGGCUUCUUGGUAAAAUAUGCCAUUCAUGAUAUUUGCUACAACUGUCGCAAGAAAUCCACAAAUAAUAACAUUCGGGGAAAAAAAUCUCGAUCUAAAACACUCGAUCUAAAACACUCCAAAAUGAACGUAAAGUUUAAAUUUUUUCUAGUUUGAUAUCUGUGAUGUGAAAAUGAAUUUGAAAUGAUUAUUGUGAAAUUUAGAAGACACGUCUUUUCUGCGCUUUAAAACUGUUUGAGUCAUACAUUGUAGUUAAAGGACACGGACUAUAUAUUUGUAUUGUGCUCUAUAGAUUUAUGUAGUAAGCGAUACGUUUUUGUAAGAAAUCCAUGCUGUAAAUUACGAUUAAUGUCUACUCAUACAUGUAUAUGCUUUUAUUUUAUGCAAAGUGUGUAAAUCUACUACAGUCUGCUUUUUAAACGCAGUCGGUCAAACGAAGUGAAAACUCAUUCAAUUUAAAGUCCAAAAACAAAAGUUUUCAUUUAGUUAUUUGAACCAGUAUAAUUUCUACCCAGCAUUGAAAAUGGCAGUACAUUAACCAAUAAGAAACUGUCGAGGAAUAAUGACCGAUAUUUCGGCUUUGCUUUUACUAAUAAACCGAAGGAAGAUCCAUGAUCAAGUUAAGUUUCCUGCAGAGCUUGGGUCAGCAGAACUUCAGAAAUUCACCGCCAAGGUCUCAUCCAUUUCUCAGGAGACAUCGUGCUGCAUCAAUGAGGUCACCGAGUAUGUUCUCAGGAUCAAAGACGAAAUUGCAUCACUGAGGGUGGUUUUGGAGCGAUUCAAUGUCCAACUUGGGGAAAAAAUCAAAGAUGUUUUUGAAAAUGGCCUUACCAAAGGUAUCACGACUACCAAUGGUCUUGGACUUCGUUACCAACUGAAAGAAAAAGACUUGGAUUUGAAACGUGCGAAACAUAUAGCAGAAUUGCAAAGAAGUGCAAAGAAACAACAGGAUCUGGUAGAAUCUAUAAAUAAAAUGGAUGGACUUAUCAACAAAGUAGAGGAAGAAGGCGUAUUUUCACUGGACGAUAUCGACAAUGUUAGUGAUUCUGCAACAAGAUGGAAGAUAUGUAUUGAAAAACAACAACAGACGAGACUAAUGGAGGAGAUGAAAAAGAAGGAAGAAGAGAUGAAAAUAAGAGAAGAACAAGAGAAAAUCAGAUUGAAGAAACUGGAACAAAAGAGGACAGAACAAGAACGGAAAAGACAGGAAGAAGAGGAGAAAGAGAGAAGAAUGAGGAAAGAGGAAGAGGAAAGACAGAAGAUAGAAGAUGAGAGGAAACGUCAAGAAGAGGAAAAGAGGCGUCAAGAGGAAGAAAGGAAACGACAAGAGGAAAAGAGAAGACAAAGGGAAGAAGACGAAAAAAGAAGAAUGGAAGAAGAGAGAAGACUAUUGGAAGAACAGAAACGGAAAUUAGAAGAGGAAAGAAAACGGUUAGAAGAGGAAGAGAAAAGAAGACAAGAGGAAGAGAAACGUAGAAAAAUUGAAGAAGAACGCAGACAGCGGGAAGAAGAGGAACUGAGAAAACGAGAGGAAGAAGAACGGAGAAUACAAGAAGAGGAAGAAAGAAAACGAAAAGAAGAGGAGGAAAGAAAAAAGCGGGAGGAAGAAGAGAGAAAACGCAUUGAAGAACAGAGAAGACAAAUAGAAGAGGAAAGGAAAAGACUAGAGGAAGACAGAAAACGGAGAGAGGAGGAAGAAAGAAUGAGGCCAAUUAUAGAGGCGCGGCUAAGAGAGGAAGCAAAAAGGAGACGGGAUCCCAAUAAUUGGCCAACAUACGUUUAUAAUCGCCCCAAACCGCACGACUCCUAUCACAAUGGCGUAUGUUGUGCUGUAUCGGCAAUUGUAGGAGAUGAAGGGUUGCACAGAGAUGAUAUCGAAUGCCGAUGUUCUGAUCGAGAGGAUGACUUGAGCCUCGUAUUGGCCGAUAAAUAUGAACAAUCCAUAUCAUCACUUGUUACUAUCAGAUCCAAACAAGGGAAACAAAUUGAUCUUGAGAUGCCAAUGUUUUUGUACAUACCACAUGCAACGGCCCAAGGUCACCGUGAAGUAAAGUUAAAAAUAUCUAAAAAUGGUGGAAAAUGGCAGAUGACCUCUCUUAUUCAAGGAAAUCCAAUAAAAAAUGAGUCGCUACGAGGGAUGCAGUACGUGGGCACUACUGUAAACAACUUUAAAACAAUUGACAUAGCAGCAAUAUCGAAACCAAAGAGACAAUAUGAGCCAAUCAGGGACAAGAAUUCAAAAUUGUUGGUGCCGAAAACAUACAUUUCAGAGUCACUGAAUCCACCAAUGAGGGUUGUUGUCAAUAGAAUGAUGUUUUCAAGCGGAAGUCAGACGGGCGUAACUACGAGACGACGACCAUACCCUGCCUAUUCUACAAGCAAAUAGGAAGUGUCUAGAAGUGUCUAAAAUUGUAUAGAAUUAAAUGACAAGUCGUGUCGCAUGGCAUUUCCCCCCCCCCCUAAGCUUAUCAGUUCUUUUAUCAAAAUUCGUUAAUUUCCACCCUUUAAUAUAAUUAAUGUACUGUUUUCAAUAGUAGCAUGUUCUUGUUCUGUUUUCCAUUUCAUUCAUUCCAUAUGGAAUUAAGAUUGUUCGAAAUAUCAAAGCUUCAUUUCGUAGUACGAAAGCCGGAUAGGCUCAUUUUUGAGAAAGUAAAAAAAAAUCACCCCAUUAUAUAGAGUAUCUCAUUAUAAAGAUAUAUUUCGUUGUAACGAAUCCCGUGGGGACCCGUGUUAGAGUACUAGUAGGUCCUCAGUACCCCUUGCUUGUCGUAAAAGGCGACUAAAUGGGACAGUCCUUCGGAUGAGAUCGCAAAAAACCGAGGUCCCGUAUCACAGCAGGUGUGGUACGAUAAAGAUCCCUCCCUGCUCAAAGGCCGUAAGCGCCGAGCAUAUGCUCAAAUUUUGCAGCCCUUCACCGGCAUUGGAGACGUCUCCACAUGAGUGAAAUAUUCUCGAGCGGGACGUUAAACGAUAUUCAAUCAAUCAAUCAAUCGUUAUAACGAAAUUAUUAACUCAAUAGAACGAGUUACUAUCCUGGAAUACACCGAAAUAGCCAACUCGUUAUUAAGCGAUCACUUACGGAAACGUUUCUUUCUCCCGAAAUCUAGAAGCAGCGAAUUAAGAUUAGUAACAAACAAAUCAAGAAAUCACCGGUAAAAGAAAUUUUAACAUUUUUUCUUUAUCGGUCUUUGAAUAGUUCUCAACAACUUGUCAAGUCUUCUAUCGACAAGUCUACCAUCGACAAAUCCAAGUCAUCUUCAUCUCAAUUGUUUUUAUAGAUAAAUGAAUAUAUGUAGAUACAUGUUGCGAAAAAUCGUCAAUGUACAUUUAU